AUGGAAGAGGCCUGUGAUCUGUACGCCAGGGCUGCCAACAUGUACAAGAUGGCAAAGAACUGGUGUGGUGAGAACACUGUUUUUUUUGUUUGUUGUUGUAGCCAUAUCAAAUGUUAUUUGUCACGUGUAUGUGUUUUAGCAGAUGUUAUCGCGGGUGUAGCGAAAUGCUUAGAACCUGUUUGGUGAGAACGCUUUCGUAGCCAUAUAGAACUGGUUUGGUGAGAACACUGAUUUGUAGCCAUAUAGAACUGGUUUGGUGAGAACACUGAUUUGUAGCCAUAUAGAUACGGUAAAGAGGUCAAUGGAACUCGACCAAAACAAUGGGAAUGUCAAUGACACGGCUGGGGGAGAUAUGCCAUGUUGGGAAGAUCUUGAGUCUCCUCAUUGCCCCCCAGCAAAAUGAGCCUACAUUUUAGGCUAUUGUUUCGAUGUGUAUUUCACACUAUGUUAAGGUAAAAAUUCGGAGUAAUAAUGCUUGUAUGGAUGUCAACCCCAAUACAUGUUCAUGUCAUCGUCACCAAUCAACUGCAUUACAGUUUAAAAAAACGACUUUGACGACCACCACCAAUUUAUUUAUGCUAGCUAUGCUACCAGCUUAUACGAAUGGGAGUUAGCAUUUAGCAGUCACUUCUUCUAAACCUGAAAGGGAACUACUUCUAGGGCUGCACGAUCAAAUUCAGAUCGAAAUUGCGAUAUUUACAUGUACAAUAUCAAUAUCGCAAUAGGUUGCAAUUUUCUCCGUUCUUUGACACUCUGUUAACACAACAAAAACUAGACUACGGUACCUCCCCCAAUGAGACGCGCUAGACUACGGUACCUCCCCCAAUGAGACGCGCUAGACUACGGUACCUCCCCCAAUGAGAUGCGCUAGACUACGGUACCUCCCCCAAUGAGAUGCGCUAGACUACGGUACCUCCCCCAAUGAGAUGCGCUAGACUACGGUACCUCCCCCAAUGAGAUGCGCUAGACUACGGUACCUCCCCCAAUGAGAUGCGCUAGACUACGGUACCUCCCCCAAUGAGCAUGCCGCUAGGACCUAAUACGGUACCUCCCCCAAUGAGAUGCGUAGACUAGGUACCUCCCCCCAAUGAGAUGCCCGCUAGACUACUGGUACCUCCCCCAAUGCGAUGCGCUAGACUAACGGUACCUCCCCAUGAGAUGCGCUCGACCUACGGUACCUCCCCAAUGAGCUACGCUAGGACUACGGGUACCUCCCCCAAUGAGAUGCGCUAGACUACGGUACCUCCCCCAAUGAGAUGCGCCUAGACUCUGGUUACCUCCCCUCCAAUUGAGAUGCGCUAGACUACGGUACCUCCCCCAAUGAGAUGCGCUAGACUUCGUUCAUUCACUCUCUACAUGCACAGAGGAUGCUGACCAAUCACAAGCAGGCUUUUUCACUCUGCAUGCUGGCCAAUCACAAGCGUCCUCGCUUAGAGCGCGCCGUUAGAUGCUGGCGAGGAGAGAAAGGGCUUCACCUCGCCGUAGCUCCAUCAUAGGCAGAAUGUGUCGGAAACAUGAGUGCUGCUAGUGCUAACGAGAACGUUGAUUUGGUGACAAAGAAGGAUCUUCAGUAGUAUGGCAGUAUUUCAGCACAUCUUCAGUAGUAUGGCAGUAUUUCAGCACAUCUUCAGUAGUAUGGCAGUAUUUCAACACAUCUUCAGUAGUAUGGCAGUAUUUCAACACAUCUUCAGUAGUAUGGCAGUAUUUCAACACAUCUUCGGUAGAAGAUAUAUCUACCUAUAGUCUCUAUAUAUCUAUAUAUCUACCUAUAGUCUCUAUAUAUCUAUAUAUAUACCUAUAGUCUCUAUAUAUAUACCUAUAGUCUCUAUAUAUCUACCUAUAGUCUCUAUAUAUCUACCUAUAGUCUCUAUAUAUCUACCUAUAGUCUCUAUAUAUCUACCUAUAGUCUCUAUAUAUCUACCUAUAGUCUCUAUAUAUCUACCUAUAGUCUCUAUAUAUCUACCUAUAGUCUCUAUAUAUCUAUAUAUCUAUAGUCUCUAUAUAUCUAUAUAUCUAUAGUCUCUAUAUAUCUACCUAUAGUCUCUAUAUAUCUAUAUAUCUACCUAUAGUCUCUAUAUAUCUACCUAUAGUCUCUAUAUAUCUACCUAUAGUCUCUAUAUAUCUACCUAUAGUCUCUAUAUAUCUACCUAUAGUCUCUAUAUAUCUACCUAUAGUCUCUAUUUAUCUACCUAUAGUCUCUAUUUAUCUACCUAUAGUCUCUAUAUAUCUAUAUAUCUAUAGUCUCUAUAUAUCUAUAUAUCUAUAGUCUCUAUAUAUCUAUAUAUCUACCUAUAGUCUCUAUAUAUCUACCUAUAGUCUCUAUAUAUCUACCUAUAGUCUCUAUAUAUCUACCUAUAGUCUCUAUUUAUCUACCUAUAGUCUCUAUUUAUCUACCUAUAGUCUCGAUAUAUAUACAUAUAGUCUCUAUAUAUCUAUAUAUCUACCUAUAGUCUCUAUAUAUCCACCUAUAGUCUCUAUAUAUCUACCUAUAGUCUCUAUAUAUCUAUAUAUCUACCUAUAGUCUCUAUAUAUCUACCUAUAGUCUCUAUAUAUAUAUACCUAUAGUCUCUAUAUAUAUAUACCUAUAGUCUCUAUAUAUCUACCUAUAGUCUCUAUAUAUCUACCUAUAGUCUCUAUAUAUCUACCUAUAGUCUCUAUAUAUCUAUAUAUCUACCUAUAGUCUCUAUAUAUAUACCUAUAGUCUCUAUAUAUCUACCUAUAGUCUCUAUAUAUAUACCUAUAGUCUCUAUAUAUAUACCUAUAGUCUCUAUAUAUCUACCUAUAGUCUCUAUAUAUCUACCUAUAGUCUCUAUAUAUCUACCUAUAGUCUCUAUAUAUAUACCUAUAGUCUCUAUAUAUCUACCUAUAGUCUCUAUAUAUAUACCUAUAGUCUCUAUAUAUAUACCUAUAGUCUCUAUAUAUCUACCUAUAGUCUCAUACUAUAUAUAACCUAUAGUCUCUAUAUAUAUACCUAUAGUCUCUAUAUAUCAUAGUAUAUCUACCUAUAGUCUCUUAUAUAUCUACCUAUAGUCUCUAUAUAUCUACCUAUAGUCUCUAUAUAUCUACCUAUAGUCUCUAUAUAUCUAUAUAUCUACCUAUAGUCUCUAUAUAUCUACCUAUAGUCUCUAUAUAUCUACCUAUAGUCUCUAUAUAUCUAUAUAUCUACCUAUAGUCUCUAUAUAUCUACCUAUAGUCUCAUAUAUACUGUCUAACCUAUAGUCUCUAUUAUCUAUAUAUCUACCUAUAGUCUCUAUAUAUCUACCUAUAGUCUCUAUAUAUCUACCUAUAGUUCUCUAUAUAUCUACCUAUAGUCUCUAUAUAAUUACUACCUAUAGUCUCUAUAUAUCUACCUAUAGUCUCUAUAUAUCUUUCUAUAGUCCUACUAUAUAUCUACUAUAGUCUCUAUAUAUACUACCUAUAGUCUCUAUAUAUCUACUAUAGUCUCUAUAUAUCUAUAUAUCUACCUAUAGUCUCUAUAUAUCUACCUAUAGUCUCUAUAUUAUCUAUACCUUAGUCUCUAUAUAUACCUAUAGUCUCUAUAUAUCUCUAUAUCUCUAUAUCUAUAUAUCCUAUAGUCUCUAUAUAUCUACCUAUAGUCUCUAUUAUUAUACUAUAGUCUCUAUAUAUCUAUCUCUACUAUAUUCUAUAUAUCUACCUAUAGUCUCUAUAUAUCUACCUAUAGUCUCUAUAUAUCUACCUAUAGUCUCUAUAUACUAUACCUAUAGUCUCUAUAUAUAUAUCUACCUAUAGUCUCUAUAUAUCUACCUAUAGUCUUAUAUAUCUAUAUAUCUACCUAUAGUCUCUAUAUAUCUACCUAUGUCUUAUAUACCUAUAGUCUUAUAUAUACCUAUAGUCUCUAUAUCUCUAUAUCAUAUAUCAUACCUAUAGUCUAUAUAUUACUAUAGUCUCUAUAUAUACCUAUAGUCUCUAUAUAUCUACCUAUAGUCUCUAUAUAUCUACCUAUAGUCAUCUAUAUCACCUAUAGUCUCUAUAUAUCUACUAUACCUAUACAUAUGUCUCUAUAUAGUCUCUAUAUAUCUACCUAUAGUCUCUAUAUAUCUACCUAUAGUCUCUAUAUAUCUACCUAUAGUCUCUAUAUAUCUACUAUAUCUCUAUAUAUACUAUAGUCUCUAUAUAUAUAUUACCUAUAGUCUCUAUAUUAUAAUCCUACUAUAGUCUCUAUAUAUCUACUAUAGUCUCUAUAUAUCUAUAUAUCUAACCUAUAGUCUCUAUAUAUCUACCUAUAGUCUCUAUAUAUCUAUAUAUCUACCUAUAGUCUCUAUAUACUACCAUAGUCUCUAUAUAUUACUAUAGUCUCUAUACUCUAUAUAUCUACUAUAGUCCUAUAUAUACCUAUAGUCUCUUAUAUCUACCUAUAGUCUCUAUAUCAUUAUCUACCAUAGUCUCUAUAUAUCUACUAUAUCUCUAUAUAUCUACCUAUAGUCUCUAUAUAUCUACCUAUAGUCUCUAUAUAUUUAUAUAAUCUACCUAUAGUCUCUAUAUAUACCUAUAGUCCUAUACUUAUAUAUCUACCUAUAGUCUUAUUAUAUAUAAUCUACCUAUAGUCUCUAUAUAUCUACCUAUAGUCUCUAUAUAUCUUACCUAUAUCUACUAUACUAUAGUCUCUAUAUAUCUACCUAUAGUCUCUAUAUAUCUACCUAUAGUUCCUUACUAUAUAUACCAUAGUCCUUAUAUAUCUACCUAUAGUCUAUAUAUACUAUUAUCUACUAUAGUCUCUAUAUAUAUACCUAUAGUCUUAUAUAUAUAUAUCUACCUAUAGUCUCUAUAUAUCUACUAUAGUCUCUAUUAGUAUACUAUAUAUACACUAUAGUCUCUAUAUAUUAUUCUACCUAUAGUUCUUAUAUCUAUUAUUAAUUAUAAUUACCUAUAGUCUCUUAUAUAUUAUUACUUACUAUAUAUCUACUAUAUAUCGUAUACCUAUAGUCUUAUAUAUCUACCUAUAGUCUCUAUAUAUCUACCUAUAGUCUCUAUAUAUAUCUAUAUAUCUACCUAUAGUCUCUAUAUAUCUACCUAUAGUCUCUAUAUAUCUACCUAUAGUCUCUCUCUAUAUAUCUACCUAUAGUCUCUAUAUAUCUACCAGAGGACCACCUGGUUAAACAGAUCUUUGGUCUGGUGGAACAGAAUGUGUUCAUUCAUAUGAUCUCAUUUUAGAAGUGAUGUUCCCUAUCCGGACACUUGUAUUUAACCAUGUCUGAUGGAAUUACCAAGUUAUUCACCAAAGUGUUUGAAAAUUGCAAUUUAUAAUCGUAAUAUCUGGCCAAAACAUCGCUACUAAAUAUUUUGUCAAUCGUGCAGCCCUAACUACUUCUAAAUGUUAUACAGCGAAAAACAGCCAAAUAAUAUCAAAAUCUGACUUUAAUAACCACAUUGUUGGCCUGUUACAUAACAUCAAUCAUGACGGAUAUGACGAAUAUUCACUUAGUUAGAUCAGAUUUCUUGACUGUGCGCCAAUCCAGCAUCCUCCUCCUGUCCCCCAUAGAUGUGUCUGUGUUGUGAUAGUGGAUAUGUCUGUUGUGAUAGUGGAUAUGUCUGUGUUGUGAUAGUGGAUAUGUCUGUGUUGUGAUAGUGGAUAUGUCUGUGUUGUGAUAGUGGAUAUGUCUGUGUUGUGAUAGUGGAUAUGUCUGUGUUGUGAUAGUGGAUAUGUCUGUGUUGUGAUAGUGGAUAUGUCUGUGUUGUGAUAGUGGAUAUGUCUGUGUUGUGAUAGUGGAUAUGUCUGUGUUGUGAUAGUGGAUAUGUCUGUGUUGUGAUAGUGGAUAUGUCUGUGUUGUGAUAGAAAUUCACGUAACAACUGUAUCCACUAUCUCAAUGUUUCAAAAAUGAACUUAUUACUCAGUCUGUAUCCCAGAGGUUGGAAAUCUCUAAUAAUCAGACCAAGUAGCCCAGCAUACAAUCAUCAGGCUUUAGUCAUUGAGAACGUUCUGAAACAAAAUGGCCGUACAAUCUUUUUAUAUGCACACGUCAGAGAGAAAAAAUAAAUAAUCCCUCCCCUUCUUUAGGUGGGCUGUAGUUUUACACUGGAAAACUGCUCUCCUGACCAUCAUGUCACACACACACACACACACACACACACACACACGCCUAACAGUUUCUCUCCUCCCUAAAUUCCUCAGUUACCUUGGUUUCUCAGUUGCCUGUAGACAGUUAUCCAAUUUCAAUCAAUUUUAUUUUAUAUAGCCCUUCUUACAUCAGCUAAUAUCUCGAAGUGCUGUACAGAAACCCAGCCUAAAACCCCAAACAGCUAGUAAUGCAGGUGUAGAAGCACGGUGGCUAGGAAAAACUCCCUAGAAAGGCAAAACCUAGGAAGAAACCUAGAGAGGAACCAGGCUAUGAGGGGUGGCCAGUCCUCUUCUGGCUGUGCCGGGUGGAGAUUAUAACAGAACCAUGCCAAGAUGUUCAAAAAUGUUCAUAAGUGACAAGCAUGGUCAAAUAAUAAUCAGGAAUAAAUCUCAGUUGGCUUUUCAUAGCCGAUCAUUAGAGUUUAAAACAGCAGGUCUGGGACAGGUAGGGGUUCCAUAACCGCAGGCAGAACAGUUUAAACUGGAAUAGCAGCAAGGCCAGGCGGACUGGGGACAGCAAGGAGUCACCACGGCCGGUAGUCCCGACGUAUGGUCCUAGGGCUCAGGUCUCUCAGUUGGCUUUUCAUAGCCGAUCAUUAAAGAGUUGAAAACAGCAGGUCUGGGACAGGUAGGGGUUUCGUAGCCGCAGGCAGAACAGUUGAAACUGGAAUAGCAGCAAGGCCAGGCGGACUGGGGACAGCAAGGUGUCAUCAUGCCCGGUAGUCCUGACGUAUGGUCCUAGGGCUCAGGUUCUCAGAGAGAAAGAGAGAACGAGAGAAUUAGAGAGAGCAUACUUAAAUUCACACAGGACACUGGAUAAGACAGGAGAAGUACUCCAGGUAUAACCAACUAACCCCAGCCCCCCGACACAUAAACUACUGCAGCAUAAAUACUGGAGGCUAUCCUUGUCCUUUGUUGUCUGGCCUAACUCUUACUCACAUUGCUAAAUAGUAACACAAUGUCAUAUUCUUUACUGGUCCUACACUCACACAUUCUAACAAAUUUCACACAGUUUCAGGGUGUAAUAAUUAGUCAUUAAUAAUUAAUCUAUCAACAGUGCAUUCAGAAAGUAUUCAGACUCCUUGACUUUUUGUUACGUGUUGUUACGUUAGUCUUAUUCUAAAAUUGAUUAAAUUGUUUUUUCCCUCAUCAAUCUACACGCAAAACCCCAUAAUGACAAAGCAAAAACAGGUUUUUAGACAUUUUUGCUAAUGUAUUAAAAAGAAAAGACUAUCGCAUUUACAUAAGUAUUCAGACCCUUUACUCAGUAUGUUGUUGAAGCACCUUUGGCAGCGAUUACAGCCUCUAGUCUUCUUGGGUAUGACGCUACAAGCUUGGCACACCUGUAUCUGGGGAGUUUCUCCCAUUCUUCUCUGCAGAUCUUCUCAAGUUCUGUCAGGUUGGAUGGGGAGUGUCGCUGCACAGCUAUUUUCAGGUCUCCAGAGAUUGGAAGGUGAACCUUCGCCCCAGUCUGAGGUCCUGAGCGCUUUGGAGCAGGUUUCCAUCAAGGAUCUCUGUACUUUGCUCUGUUCAUCUUUCCCUUGAUCCUGACCAGUCUCCCAGUCCCUGCCGCUGAAAAACAUCCCCACAGCAUGAUACUGUCACCACCAUGCUUCACCGUAGGGAUGGUGCCAGGUUUCUUCCAGAUGUGACACUUGGCAUUCAGGCCAAAUAGUUAAAUCUUGGUUUCAUCAGACCAGAGAAUCUUGUUUCUCAUGGUCUGAGAGUCUUUAGGUGCCUUUUGGCAAACUCCAAGCGGGCUGUCAUGUGCCUUUUACUGAGGAGUGGCUUCCGUCUGGCCACUCUACCAUAAAGGCCUGAUUGGUGGAGUGCUGCAGAGAUGGUUGUCCUUCUGGAAGGUUCUCCCAUCUCCACAGAUGAACUCUGGAGCUCUGUCAGAGUGACCAUUGGGUUCUUGGGCACCUCCCUGACCAAGGCCCUUCUCCCCCAUUGCUCAGUUUGGCCGGGUGGCCAGCUCUAAGAAGAGUCUUGGUGGUUCCAAACUUCUUCCAUUUAAGAAUGAUGGAGGCCACUGUGUUCUUCAAUGCAGCAUGAAUUUUUGGGUACCCUUCCCCAGAUCUGUGUGUCUCUGAGCUCUACGGACAAUUCCUUCGACCUCAUGGCUUGGUUUUUGCUCUGACAUGCACUGUCAACUGUGGGACAUUAUAUAGACCGGUGUGUGUCUUUCCAAAUCAUGUCCAAUCAAUUGAAUUCACCACAGGCAGACUCCAGUCAAGUUGUAGAAACUUCUCAAGGAUGAUCUAUGUAAACAGGAUGCACCUGAGCUCAAUUUAGUCUCAUAGCAAAGGGUCUGAAUACUUAUGUAAAUAAGGUAUUUCUGUUAUUUUUAAUACAUUUGUAAAAUUUCUAAAAACCUGUUUUCACUUUGUCAUUAUGGGGUAUUGUGCAUAGAUUAGGAUUUUUAUUUAUUUAAUCAAUUUUAGAAUAAGGCUGUAACAUAACAAAAUGUGGAAAAAGUCAAGGGGUCUGAAUACUUUUCGAAUGCACUGUAUGUCUGUCUUGUGAUAGUGGUUGAAUGUUUUGUGAUAGUUGGAUAUAUAGUUGAAGUCGGAAGUUUACAUACACCUUAGCCAAAUACAUUUAAACUCAGUUUUUCACAAUUCCUGACAUUUAAUCCUAGUAAACAUUCCCUGUCUUAGGUCAAUUAGGAGCACCACUUUAUUUUAAGAAUGUGAAAUGUCAGAAUAAUAGUAGAGAUUUAUUUCAGCUUUUAUUUCUUUCAUCACAUUCCCAGUGGGUCAGAAGUUUACAUACACUCAAUUAGUAUUUGGUAGCAUUGCCUUUAAAUUGUUUAACUUGGGUCAAAUGUUUCGGGUAGGCUUCCACAAGCUUCCCACAAUAAGUUGGGUGAAUUUUGGCCCAUUCCUCCUGACAGAGCUGGUGUAACUGAAUCAGGUUUGUAGGCUCCUUGCUCGCACAUGCCUUUUCAGUUCUGCCCACAAAUGUUCUAUAGGAUUGAGGUCAGGGCUUUGUGAUGGCCACUCCAAUACCUUGACUUUGUUGUCCUUAAGCCAUUUUGCCACAACUUUGGAAGUAUGCUUGGGGUCAUUGUCCAUUUGGAAGACCCAUUUGCGACCAAGCUUUAACUUCCUGACUGAUGUCUUGAGAUGUUGCUUCAAUAUAUCCACAUCAUUUCCCUUCCUCAUGAUGCCAUCUAUUUUGUGAAGUGCACCAGUUCCCUCCUGCAGCAAAGCACCCCCACAGCAUGAUGCUGCCACCCCCGUGCUUCACGAAUGGGGUGGUGUUCUUCGGCUUGCAAGCAACCCCCUUUUCCUCCAAACAUAACGAUGGUCAUUAUAGCCAAACAGUUCUAUUGUUGUUUCAUCAGACCAGUGGACAUUUCUCCAAAAAGUACAAUCUUUGUCCCCAUGUGCAGUUGCAGACCGUAGUCUGGCUUUUUUAUGGCAGUUUUGGAGCAGUGGCUUCUUCCUUGCUGAGCGGCCUUUCAGAUUAUGUCGAUAUAGGACUCGUUUUAUUGUGGAUAUAGAUACUUUUGUACCCGUUUCCUCCAGCAUCUUCAGAAGGUACUUUGCUGUUGUUCUGGGAUUGAUUUGCACUUUUCGCACAAAAGUACGUUCAUCUCUAGGAGACAGAACGCGUCUCCUUCCUGAGCGGUAUGACGGCUACGUGGUCCCAUGGUGUUUAUACUUGCGUACUAUUGUUUGUACAGAUGAACGUGGUACCUUCAGGCGUUUGGAAAUUGCUCCCAAGGAUGAACCAGACUUGUGGAGGUCUACAGUCUUGGCUGAUUUCUUUUGAUUUUCCCAUGAUGUCAAGCAAAGAGGCACUGAGUUUGAAGAUAGGCCUUGAAAUACAUCCACAGGUACACCUCCAAUUGACUCAAAUGAUAUCAAUUAGCCUAUCAGAAGCUUCUAAAGCCAUGACAUUUUCUGGAAUUUUCCAAGCUGUUUAAAGGCACAGUCAACUUAGUGUAUGUAAACUUCUGACCCACUGGAAUUGUGAUACAGUGAAAUAAUCUGUCUGUAAAUAAUUGUUGGAAAAAUUACUUGUCGUGCACAAAGUAGAUGUCCUAACCGACUUGCCAAAACUAUAGUUUGUUAACAAGACAUUUGUGAAAAACAAGUUUUAAUGACUCCAACCUAAGUGUAUGUAAACUUCCGACUUCAACUGUAUGUCUGUAUGGUGAUGGUGGAUAAUGUCUAUAUGGUGAUAGUGGAUAAUGUCUGUGUUUCAGCUGCAGGUAAUGCGUUCUCCCAGGCGGCCCGGCUCCACCUCCAGCUCCAGAGUAAACACGACGCUGCCACUAACUUCAUCGAUGCUGGAAACGCCUUCAAAAAAGCUGACCCACAAGGUAUUCUCUCUCUGUACCUCACCAUGGACUUUACAACCAUUGCAGCUCAGGUUCCACCUCAUUUUGUGGGCAGUGUGCACAUAGCCUGUCUUCUCUUGAGAGCCAGGUCUGCCUACGAAGGCCUUUCUCAAUAGCAAGGCUAUGCUCACUGAGUCUGUACAUAGUCAAAGCUUUCCUUAAGUUUGGGUCAGUCACAGUGGUCAGGUAUUCUGCCACUGUGUACUCUCUGUUUAUGGCCAAAUAGCAUUCUAGUUUGCUCUGUUCUUUUGUUAAUUAUUUCCAAUGUGUCAAGUAAUUCUCUUUUUUGUUUUCUCAUGAUUUGGUUGGGUCUAAUUGUGUGAAUAGAAGGCUCUCUGAUGUACCUCUCUCUCUCCUGCCCCCUACAACUGUAGACACUCAACUGUUCUUUCAGCGUUUGGUUAAUGUUUCGCCAAAGAAAUUAAACAUGACCUUGGUAUUUCCUGCAGAUCAGAGUGAAUAGAAAGUCUGAGUUUAUAAUGCAUCUGAUGUACACUUCUCCCCCCCCCUCCCCCUCCCACCUCCACAGAGGCUAUCAACUGUCUGAACCGAGCCAUUGAGAUCUACACAGACAUGGUGAGAAGUCUUCGUAUGGAUAGAGGCUGGAUACCCACCUCUUUGACUGCACAUAGUGGUUCAACACACCAAAACACUCCUGAGUGGCGCAGUGGUCUAAGGCACUGCAUCGCAGUGCUAACUGUGCCACUAGAGAUCCUGGUUCAAAUCCAGGCUCUGUCGCAGCCGGCCGCGACCGGGAGACUCAUGGGCGGCGCACAAUUGGCCCAGCGUCUUCCAGGGUAGGGGAGGGAAUGGCCGGCAGGGAUGUAGCUCAGUUGAUAGAGCAUGGCGUUUGCAACGCCAGGGUUGUGGGUUCGAUUCACAUGGGGGGCCAGUAUAAAAAAAUAAUAUAUAUAUAUAGAUAUAAUGUAUUCAAUAACUGUAAGUCGCUCUGGAUAAGAGCGUCUGCUAAAUGACUAAAAAUGUAAAAAUGUAUUUCACCAGUAACAUAUAGAGCUGAUAUGAGCACAGUCUGUUCUGGUGUGCUGUUCUGGUGUUCUGGUGUUCUGUUCUGUUGUUCUGCUGUUCUGGUGUUCUGUUCUGGUGUUCUGUUGUUCUGGUGCUUCUCUCAUCCUUCUUUCUGCUUCCUGCUUCCUGUGUGUUCCUCUUCUCUUGGACUCAUUAGGGACGGUUCACCAUUGCAGCCAAACAUCACAUCUCCAUCGCAGAGAUCUUUGAGACGGAGCUGGUGGACAUUGAUAAGGUCAGACCUAUGGGCCCUGGUCAAAAGUAGUGCAUUUUAUAGGGAAUGGAGAAGCAUUUGAGACACAGCCUGUAUCUGUCCACCAGCUAGCCUGGAAUAGUCACUACUGUCCUGUAUAUCUCUGAGCUGAAUAGUCACUACUGUCCUGUAUAUCUCUGAGCUGAAUAGUCACUACUGUCCUGUAUAUCUCUGAGAUGAAUAGUCACUACUGUCCUGUAUAUCUCUGAGCUGAAUAGUCACUACUGUCCUGUAUAUCUCUGAGAUGAAUAGUCACUACUGUCCUGUAUAUCUCUGAGCUGAAUAGUCACUACUGUCCUGUAUAUCUCUGAGAUGAAUAGUCACUACUGUCCUGUAUAUCUCUGAGCUGAAUAGUCACUACUGUCCUGUAUAUCUCUGAGAUGAAUAGUCACUACUGUCCUGUAUAUCUCUGAGAUGAAUAGUCACUACUGUCCUGUAUAUCUCUGAGCUGAAUAGUCACUACUGUCCUGUAUAUCUCUGAGAUGAAUAGUCACUACUGUCCUGUAUAUCUCUGAGAUGAAUAGCUUGGGAGAAUCAGCUCCCUAUGAGGAAAUAUGCUAAAUCAUCUGUGGUUGUUGUGUCAGAGAUGUAAUGGCACAUUUCACAUCAAAUUGUAUUGAUCACAUACACGUGUUUAGCAGAUGUUAUUGCUGGUGUAGCGAAAUGCUUGUGCUUCUAGCUCCGACAGUGCAGUAAUAUCUAACAAGUAAUAUCUGACAAUUUCACAACAUAUACCCAAUACACACACAUCGAAGUAAGGAAUGGAAUUUAAGAAUAUAUACAUAUAUGGACAAGCAAUGACAGAGCGGCAUGGACUAAGAUACAGUAGAAUAGUAUAGAAUACAGUAUAUACAUAUGAGAUAUGUAAUGCGAGAUAUGUAAACAUUAUUAAAGUGACUAGUGUUCCAUUUCUUAAAGUGGCCAGUGAUUUCAAUAGGCAGCAGCAGCCUCUAAUGUGCUAGUGAAGGCUAUUUAACAGUCUGAUCAUUUGCAUUCAUAGCCAGGUCUUGUACCAGGGUGUAAUUGUAUGGGUCAGGUGCCUCUUUCUAGAGGUUUGUCUGAUGGUGUACUUCAAUCACUUUGUGACACCACCCCUUUUGAUUUGAACGAAACCUUCCAUGCAUAUUAUUUGCCCAUUUUUAUAGAAGUGCAAAGAAAGUGACCUUUUGGACCUGAAUGCCAACACUUUCAAGAGAUAAAAGUGCUGAAAGUUUACCUAUUUUGCAUACCCCACCAUACCAUGAGACAUGUCUACAUCACUGGAAAAGAGAAACGGUUGAGUUUGAUAUAAUUUAAAAGAGAAACGGUUGAGUUUGAUAUCAUUUAAAAACUAUUUUAUGGGGCCUCCCGAGUGGCGCAGCGGUCUAAGGCACCUCAUCGCGUCACUACAGACCCGGGUUCGAUCCCAGGCUGUGUCGACCGGGAGACCCAUGAGGCGGCGCACGAUUGGCCCAGCGUCGUCCGAGGUUAGGGGAGGGUUUGGCCGGCCGGGAUGUCCUUGUCCCAUCGCGCUCUAGCGACUCCUUGUGGCGGCCGGGUGCAUGCACGCUGACCUCGGUCGACAGCUGUAUGGCGUUUCCUCCGACACGUUGGUGCGGCUGGCUUCCCGGUUAAACGAGCAGUGUGGCUCUCGUGGCUCUCGACCUUGGCUCUCGACCUCGUGGCUCUCGACCUUCGGCUCUCCCGAGUACGGGAGUUGCAGCGAUGGGAUAUCACAAAAAAGGGGUACAAAAAUAAUAAUCUUUAAAAAAAAAUUAUACAAACGGUCACUGAUCUAAAAACGCGUAAAUUCUAAAAAUGAAAUUACCGUAUUUUCCGCACUAUAAGACGCACCGGAGUAUAAGCCGCAGUAGCUAAAUUGAAUGAUGUGUACAUAUAUAAGCCGCAGGUGUUUUAAUGUUUAAUUACCAUAUGUAAGGGUUCGUGCACAGAGGGGAUUGUCGGGAAAGAGACAAACUGUCUCGCUCUCGUAAUGUCUGUCUGUCUUGCUCUCGUUCUGUCUCUCGUACCACUCUCGGUUCCACUUUUACUUUUGCGCGCUACCUGUCUCACUCUUUUCCGGCCUCCAGCUUUUCCUGCUGGAGCCCGCCGCUUAAAGGUGGGGGGCGCGGACCGGUCAUAGAGCCCAUAGAGUUAAAGUUGGUGGACUGCAACCUGUAAAAUCCAUAGAUUUAGGAGGUCUUCUAGUGGCUGUUAGCUGUAAAAAUCCAUAGAUUAGCCGCACCGUUAUAUAAGCCGCAGGGUCGAAAAAUGGGAAAAAAGGCGCGGCUUAUAGUCCGAAAAUUACGGUAGUUUAUGUUGUAGUUUGUAUUCAAGAGCAUGUUGCGUCUCAACCAAUGGCGGCACAACACAAAAAAAGUAGGGUCUAAGCUGCAACAUAAAGGGACUUACGGACCAGUACAUCACUGGGGCCAAGCUUCCUGCCAUCCAGGACCUCUAUACCAGGCGGUGUCAGAGGAAGGCCCUCAAAAUUGUCAAAGACUCCAGCCACCCUAGUCAAAGACUGUUCUCUCUGCUACCGCACGGCAAGUGGUACCGGAGUGCCAAGUCUAGGUCCAAAAGACUUCUCAACAGCUUCUACCCCCAAGCCAUAAGACUCCUGAACAGCUAAUCAUGGCUACCCGGACUAUUUGCACUGCCCCCCCACCCCAUCUUUUUACGCUGCUGCUACUCUGUUAAUUAUUUAUGCAUAGUCACUUUAACUCUACCCACAUGUACAUAUUACUUCAACUACCUCAACUAGCCGGUGCCCCCGCACAUUGACUCUGCACCGGUACCCCCCUGUAUAUAUAGCCUCCCUACUGUUAUUUAAUUUUACUUCUGCUCUUUUUUUCUCAACACUUUUUUGUUUAAUUUACUUUUUUUUAUUAAAAAUAAAUGCACUGUUGGUUAAGGGCUGUAAGUAAGCAUUUCACUCAUGUCUGCACCUGUUGUAUUCGGCGCAUGUGGCCAAUAACAUUUGAUUUGAUUUUGAUUUGAAUAUUAUUUUUUGUUUUAAGUGUUUUUACAUAAUUGACGUUAGAGGUAAAAAAAUUAAAAAUUCUCACAAAAUUAGAAAGUGGUUUGACAACCCUGUUUGUAAGCUUUUUAAAUUAUAUUCAACUCAACCGUUUAUCUUUUCCAGCGAUGAAGACGUGUAUGUCUCAUGGUAUGGUGGGGUAUGCAAAAUUAGUCAACUUUGAGCACCUUUUAUCUCUUGAAUGUUUUGUCAUUCAGGUCCUAAAAGUCACUUUCUGAUCACUGCUACAAUGGGCAAACAUGUAUGGAAAGUUUUGUUUAAAUCAAAAGGGAUGCUGUCAAAAAGUGCUUGAAUUCAAAUUGAUUAUUUACACAGGGGUCAGGUGUAUCUAAAUGUUGUCUCUGUCUGCAGGCGAUAGCUCACUAUGAACAGGCACAGGGGUCAGGUGUAUCUAAAUGUUGUCUCUGUCUGCAGGCGAUAGCUCACUAUGAACAGGCACAGGGGUCAGGUGUCUAAAUGUUGUCUCUGUCUGCAGGCGAUAGCUCACUAUGAACAGGCACAGGGGUCAGGUGUAUCUAAAUGUUGUCUCUGUCUGCAGGCGAUAGCUCACUAUGAACAGGCGGCAGACUACUACAAAGGAGAAGAGUCCACAAGGUAGGAACCGUGGACAAUAUAUCCAUUUUUGUUCUAAAAGGUAUUUUUUUAAGGAGUAGGGCAGUCCUACUCCAUUUUUUUUUUUUUUGCUUUAUUGAAGAGCUGGACAGUGUUUGGGAGGGGGGGGUCAAAGGGCAGUGGUCCGGAUUCCAACCCAUGCCAACUCUGGCAUACAUGGGAGGGGGGGUCAAAGGGCAGUGGUCCGGAUUCCAACCCAUGCCAACUCUGGCAUACAUGGGAGGGGGGGUCAAAGGGCAGUGGUCCGGAUUCCAACCCCAUGCCAACUCUGGCAUACAUGGGAGGGGGGGUCAAAGGGCAGUGGUCCGGAUUCCAACCCAUGCCAACUCUGGCAUACAUGGGAGGGGGGGUCAAAGGGCAGUGGUCCGGAUUCCAACCCAUGCCAACUCUGGCAUACAUGGGAGGGGGGGUCAAAGGGCAGUGGGCCGGAUUCCAACCCAUGCCAACUCUGGCAUACAUGGGAGGGGGGUCAAAGGGCAGUGGUCCGGAUUCCAACCCAUGCCAACUCUGGCAUACAUGGGAGGGGGGGUCAAAGGGCAGUGGUCCGGAUUCCAACCCAUGCCAACUCUGGCAUACAUGGGAGGGGGGGUCAAAGGGCAGUGGGCCGGAUUCCAACCCCAUGCCAACUCUGGCAUACAUGGGAGGGGGGGUCAAAGGGCAGUGGUCCGGAUUCCAACCCGUGCCAACUCUGGCAUACAUGGGAGGGGGGGUCAAAGGGCAGUGGUCCGGAUUCCAACCCAUGCCAACUCUGGCAUACAUGGGAGGGGGGGUCAAAGGGCAGUGGUCCGGAUUCCAACCCAUGCCAACUCUGGCAUACAUGGGAGGGGGGGUCAAAGGGCAGUGGUCCGGAUUCCAACCCAUGCCAACUCUGGCAUACAUGGGAGGGGGGGUCAAAGGGCAGUGGGCCGGAUUCCAACCCAUGCCAACUCUGGCAUACAUGGGAGGGGGGGUCAAAGGGCAGUGGUCCGGAUUCCAACCCAUGCCAACUCUGGCAUACAUGGGAGGGGGGGGUCAAAGGGCAGUGGUCCGGAUUCCAACCCAUGCCAACUCUGGCAUACAUGGGAGGGGGGGUCAAAGGGCAGUGGUCCGGAUUCCAACCCAUGCCAACUCUGGCAUACAUGGGAGGGGGGUCAAAGGGCAGUGGUCCGGAUUCCAACCCAUGCCAACUCUGGCAUACAUGGGAGGGGGGGUCAAAGGGCAGUGGUCCGGAUUCCAACCCAUGCCAACUCUGGCAUACAUGGGAGGGGGGGUCAAAGGGCAGUGGUCCGGAUUCCAACCCAUGCCAACUCUGGCAUACAUGUGCCGGGGUCAGCGGCUCUUACCACUGGACCACACAUCAGCUCUAUAGGGUUGUAUAUCUAUGGUGGAAACUAUGGAGAGAUAGAAAUGCAAUGAAUAGAGCCCACAUGACUCCUUACUGUGAGCUGACAUGAUGCCUUACAUAUUCCCCUAUGUUGUUCUGUCCUACUGAAUCAGACCCCGUGUUUUAACUGGUUGUUCUGUCCUACUGAAUGAGACCCUGUGUUUUAACUGGUUGUUCUGUCCUACUGAAUGAGACCCUGUGUUUUAACUGGUUGUUCUGUCCUACUGAAUGAGACCCGGAGUUAUUUGACCGUGUUUUAACUGGUUGUCCUUGUGUCUCUCUCCCUUCCUCCUUGUCCUCUCAGCUCUGCUAACAAGUGCCUUCUGAAGGUAGCUACCUAUGUAGCACAGCUGGAGCAGUACCAGAAAGCCAUAGAGAUCUAUGAACAGGUGAGAUCUGUCAAUGUCGCAGGAGGCAGUUCUAGUAAAUAUAUGUUUUUAUGUCAUUUAUAUUUACUGUUAACGAUCCUGUUUUUGGUCUGUGUGUUUUUAAGGUUGGGACCAAUGCGAUGGACAGCACACUGCUGAAGUACAGUGCUAAAGACUACUUCUUCAAGGCAGCUCUCUGCCACUUCUGUGUGGACAUGCUCAAUGCCAAAGUUAGCCCCAAACCGACUUCUGUCUGUUUUCAAAUCCUCCACAAGGCUUCUAGGCCUCUUCUCUAACUAACCUCCUUUAUCUCCUGACAUAUAGCUGGCCUUGCAGAAGUAUGAAGAAAUGUUCCCUGCCUUCUCAGAUUCUCGAGAAUGUAAACUGGUAAAGGUAAGGGAAUGGGUUGUUUCUCAUAUGGGCUCUAUGUUUUUGUCUUCUCUUAUCCAACCCCUCACCUUAACCAAGCUGAUUCACUGCUUGUCUUUGCUCCAAGGCUUUGAACUCCAAAAUAUGUAUUUUAAUUACAAUUCAUUUCUAUUUUUCUCUGCAGAAACUUUUAGAUGCGUAUGAAGAACAGAAUGUUGAUGUAUAUACUGAUGCAGUGAGUGGAGCUCUCCUCAAAGUAUUGUUUUGUAUCUUUAUUUGUGUGUAUGUGGAAGUCAGUACUGAAGUCAUUAAUGCAAAUGAAAAGAUGGCAAACAAUAACAACACUAAUGAAAAGAGGAAGUAAGACAGGAAAUAAAACUAGAACCGUCACUGAGGAAGUCUGACAUGAACUAAAACUAGAACCGUCACUGAGGAAGUCCGACAUGAACUAAAACUAGAACCGUCACUGAGGAAGUCUGACAUGAACUAAAACUAGAACCGUCACUGAGGAAGUCCGACAUGAACUAAAACUAGAACCGUCACUGAGGAAGUCCGACAUGCACUAGAACUAGAACUGUCUCUGAGGAAGUCCGACAUGAACCGUCACUGAGGAAGUUCUACAUUAACUAAAACUAGAACAUCACUGAGGAAGUCCGACAUGCACUAGAACUAGAACUGUCUCUGAGGAAGUCCGACAUGAACCGUCACUGAGGAAGUUCUACAUUAACUAAAACUAGAACAUCACUGAGGAAGUCCGACAUGCCUAAAACUAGAACUGUCACUGAGGAAGUCCGACAUGAACUAAAACUAGAACCGUCACUGAGGAAGUCCGACAUGCACUAGAACUAGAACUGUCACUGAGGAAGUCCGACAUGAACUAAAACUAGAACCGUCACUGAGGAAGUCCGACAUGCACUAGAACUAGAACUGUCACUGAGGAAGUCCGACAUGAACUAAAACUAGAAACCGUCACUGAGGAGUCCGACAUGCACUAGAACUAGAACUGUCACUGAGGAAGUCCGACAUGAACUAAACUAGAACCGUCACUGAGGAAGUCCGACAUGCACUAGAACUAGAACUGUCACUGAGGAAGUCCGACAUGAACUAAAACUAGAACGUCACUGAGGAAGUCCGACAUGCACUAAACUAGAACUGUCUCUGAGGAAGUCCGACAUGAACCGUCACUGAGGAAUUCUACAUUAACUAAAACUAGAACAUCACUGAGGAAGUCCGACAUGCACUAAACUAGAACUGUCCUGAGGAAGUCCGACAUGAACGUCACUGGAGUUCUUACUAAAACUAGAACUCACUGAGGAAGUCCGACAUGCACUAGAACUAGAACUGUCACUGAGGAAGUCCGACAUGAACUAAAACUAGAACCGUCACUGAGGAAGUCCGACAUGCACUAAACUAGAACCGUCACUGAGGAAGUCCGGCAUGAACCGCACUGAGGAAGUUCUACAUACUAAACGAACUCACUGAGGAAGUCCGACAUGCACUAGAACCGCACUAGGAAAUCUACAGACUAAAACUAGAACUGUCACUGAGAAAGUCCGACAUGAACUAAAACUAGAACCGUCACUGAGAAAGUCGACAUGAACUAAAACUAGAACCGUCACUGAGGAAGUCCGACAUGAACUAAAACUAGAACCGUCACUGAGGAAGUCCGACAUGCACUAAAACUAGAACCGUCACUGAGGAAGUCCGACAUGAACCGUCACUGAGGAAGUCUGGCAUGAACCGUCACUGAGAAAGUCUGGCAUGCACUAGAACUAGAACAGUCUUGAAAAAGAAAGUGAAUUCAAUUACUGGAAACUGGAAGUUAACUUGUUUAUUUUCUUGUCUCACCCCUCCCCUCUCCCUCCCCCCAUUACUCUCUCGCUCCGUCCCUCCCUAUACUUCUCCUCAUCUCUCCUUCUCGCCCUCUCUCUGUAUGUCUGUCUGUCUCGAUCUCUCUCAAAUCUCUCUAUCCACCUCCCCCCCCCUCUCUCCCAGGUGAAGGAAUAUGACACUGUCUCCAGGUUGGACCAGUGGCUGACCACUAUGCUCCUCCGCAUCAAGAAGACCAUACAGGAGGAUGAGAGUGACCUGCGUUAAUGUUCCUGAUGUCCCCAGACCCCCAAACCCCUCCCCAGACCCCCAAACCCACCCCAGACCCCCAAACCCCUCCCCAGACCCCCAAACCCCUCC